AUGUCCGAGUUUGAUAAAUACAGCACUCCACUUUCUUCUCGUUAUGCAUCUGAAGAGAUGUCAUCCAUCUUUUCCCUAAGAAACAGAUUCUCAACCUGGAGGAAGCUUUGGUUGAACUUGGCCAUCGCUGAAAAGGAAUUAGGCCUUUCUGUUAUCACUGAUAAAGCCAUUGAAGAAAUGAGCCAACAUCUCACUAUCACAGAUGAAGAAAUUGGCUUGGCUUCUAAACAGGAGGCAAUUGUCAGACACGAUGUUAUGGCCCAUGUGCACACUUUCGGUGAAACUUGUCCAAGUGCAGCUGGUAUCAUCCACCUGGGUGCUACCUCAUGUUUUGUCACAGAUAAUGCUGACUUGAUUUUCUUGAGAGAUGCUUACGAUAUCUUAAUUCCAAAAUUGGUCAACGUUAUUAACAGAUUAUCUCAAUUUGCAAUGGAAUACAAGGAUCUGCCAGUUUUGGGUUGGACUCACUUUCAACCUGCUCAAUUGACCACUUUAGGUAAGAGAGUGACUCUCUGGAUUCAAGAGCUAUUGUGGGAUUUGAGAAAUUUCGUUAGAGCUAGAAACGAUAUCGGUCUACGUGGUGUCAAGGGUACCACAGGUACACAAGCCUCGUUUUUGGCUUUGUUCCACGGUCAACACGAUAAAGUUGAGGCUCUCGACAAGAGAGUUACUGAGCUGCUAGGGUUUGACACCGUUUACCCUGUUACUGGCCAGACCUACUCAAGAAAGAUCGAUAUCGACGUCUUAGCACCAUUAUCAUCUUUUGCAGCUACUGCUCACAAAAUGGCAACUGAUAUCAGAUUACUGGCUAAUCUAAAGGAAAUUGAAGAGCCUUUUGAAAAGUCUCAAAUCGGUUCAUCAGCCAUGGCUUACAAAAGAAACCCAAUGCGUUGUGAACGUGUGUGUUCCCUAGCGAGACACUUAGGAUCCUUAUUCAGCGAUGCUGUCCAAACUGCGUCUGUUCAAUGGUUCGAAAGAACAUUGGAUGACUCUGCAAUCAGAAGAAUUUCAUUACCAAGUGCAUUCUUGACCGCUGACAUUUUAUUGUCUACUCUUCUAAAUAUUUCUUCGGGGCUGGUUGUUUACCCAAAGGUUAUUGAAAGAAGAAUCAAGAGUGAACUUCCAUUCAUGGCCACUGAAAACAUCAUCAUGGCCAUGGUGGAAAAAGGCGCUUCAAGACAAGAGGUACAUGAAGCCAUCAGAGUUCUUUCUCACCAAGCUGCAGCAGUCGUCAAGGAAGAAGGUGGCGACAAUGACUUGAUUGAACGUGUUAAGGGUGAUCGUUUCUUUGAGCCUAUCUGGUCAGAGCUUGACUCCUUGUUGGAACCUUCCACUUUCGUGGGCAGAGCUCCUGAGCAAGUUGACAAAUUUAUCAAUAAUGAUGUCAAAGAAGCCUUGGCUCCUUUCCAAGAGAAGAUUACUAAUGUCCAAGUCAAUUUGAAUGUCUAA